GUUCAACGAAGCUAGACAAUCAUUAAAAACUAAUAAUGAAAUUCGCCGUGGUCAUAUUUGCUUGCGUGUUGGCCGCCGCCAACGCCCAAUUUGGCCAAGCCAAUCAGGGCCAAUACUUCCCCCAGAGGGAAAACUACCAGUACAACAAAUACAACCAGAACAACAGAUACAACAACAACAACAACUACAACCGUUACCAAAACAUCAAACCCUACAAGCCAAUCGUGUCAUCAACCCCCUACCCUCGUGUCACCUUCGCUGAAGCCAAAGCCACCGUUUCCCCCUCAGUGGUCAAUGUAGUCAAACCCGUGGCACCCGUCUUCGUUCCCGCCGUUACCCCCGCUCCAAUAGCCCCAGUGUCUGUACCCAGGGUUGUUGCUGACGCUCGCUCUGCUGAGACUCUUAAAUACGGCAAUGAAAUCAACGCCGAUGGUACCUACCACUACUUCUACGAAACCAACAACGGUAUCGCCGCUCAGGCCCAAGGUACUCCACGUAACUUCGGAGGCAACCCCCCUGUAGUUCCCGACGUUGCUCAAGGUUCUUUCUCCUGGAUUUCCCCCGAGGGUGAGGAGAUCGCCAUCACCUACGUCGCUGACGAGAACGGUUACCACCCAACUGGUAACGCUAUUCCCCAGCCACCUGCAAUUCCCCCACAAAUCGCCCGCGCUCUUGAGUACAUCGCAAGAAACGCUCCCGUAUCGACUGUUUACAAGAACUAAAUCAUUUUAACUUGAAAAAAUACGAAUUCUACCACC